AUGGCUAAAGAGAUUGUCGAGGUAGAGGUAGAGGCUGAGUCUUCGAAGGAACGGAGGAAGAAUAAAAAGGGGAAAGAAGCAUGUGCGCGCAAGAUGCAAAAAACAGCAAUGGCUAGAGGGAUUGUCGAGGUAGAGAUAGAGGCUAAGUCUUCGAAGGAGAGGAGGAAGAAUAAGAAAGGGGAAGAAGCACGUGCACGCAAGAUGCAGAAAGCAACAAUGGCUGAAGAGAUUGUCGAGGUAGAGGUAGAGGCUGAGUCUUCGAAAGAACCGGGGAAGAAUAAAAAACGGAAAGAAGCCUGUGGUGCACGCAAGAUGCAGAAAGCAGCAAUGGCAGAACUUGUUGAGGUAGAGGCUGAGUCCUCGAAGGAACGGAGGAAGAAUAAGAAGGGGAAAGAAGCGCAUGCAUGCAAGAUGCAGAAAGCAGCAAUGGUUGAAGAGAUUGUCGAGGUAGAGGUCAGGAUCAAUUUCCCUGAUACAGCAAUACUGAAACGAUGCUUUAACAAUGUUAUAUCAAUGUUUAACUAG